AUGAGGGAGAUCGUUGUCAUAGGGAAACCUUGCUCCGAUGUCUCUGAGUCAGAGGCCUUGGACUAUAUCCUUGGUUAUGCAGUUGGGAACGAUGUUUCUCACCGCGACUGGCAGCUCAAGUAUGGAGAUGGACAAUGGGGAAUCGGCAAAGGCUUUGAUGGAUGGGGACCUUUCGGGCCGGGGAUCGUGAGCAACAAGGUCAUUGGAAACCCUCAAUCCCUGCGGGUAAGUACGAAGGUGAAUGGUAAGACCGUCCAGGAUGAUAUGAUUUUUGGAAUUGCGAAGUCGAUCGCAUUCCUAAGCAUAGGCACCACUUUACUUCCCGGAGACGAUAAGUACUGCCUUUCCUGCUUGAUGCAUAUAAAGCGGCCUUUGCUUACGACAGAUAGACCCUCCGGUGUUGGAAUGGGAAUGAGCCUUCAGUGCUGGCUAAAGGAUGCUGAUGUUGAUGUCUCCCUAGAGAACGUUGGAACUGUCUCAAAUACAGUGCGGUUCGACAAACCAACAGCGAAGCUCUAA